AUGUCCCGCGCCAUUCUCAUCACCGGCGCCACAGGGAAACAGGGCGGCAGCGUCCUCGACGCCCUCGUCGCAAGUCAGCCUUCCGAUUUCCUGCUACUUGCCGUCACCCGCGAUGCUCAGUCCCCCCGAGCCAAGGCCCUCUGUGCAAAGUCUUCUUCCAUCAGACUUGUCGAGGGGAACCUCGACUCAAUCCCUACUCUCUUCGAAGCUGCCAGGAAAGCCGCCGGAUCCGUUCCACUAUGGGGAGUCUACUCCAUGCAGGCGUCGAUUGAUUCACGGGCCCCAUUAGAUGGCGAGUUGAAACAAGGCAAGGAAAUGGUCGACGAAGCUAUCAAGGCCGGCAUCCAGCACUUCGUCUACAGCAGCGUCGACCGCGGUGGUAACGACAAGUCAUGGAACAACCCCACCCUCGUCCCACACUUCAAGACCAAGCAUGACAUCGAGAUUCACCUUCGCGAUUCCACCGCUAACGGCAAGAGCUCCAUGGGCUGGACGAUCCUACGGCCCGUCAACUUCAUCGACAGCAUCGCUCCAGGCUUCCAGAGCAAGGUCUUCAUGACGGCAGUACGCAACACAUUGAAGGAGAAGCCACUGCAGUGGGUGGUCACUAAGGAUAUUGGCGUCUUUGCAGCGAAGGCUUUCCACGACCCUGCUGCCUGGGCAAACAAGGCUGUCGGCAUCGCAGGCGACGAGCUGACCUUUUCCCAACUAAGCCAAACGUUCAAGAGAGUUACCGGGAGCCAAGCUGGCACAACAUUUGGUUUCCUCGGAAAGGCUUUAAUGGCUGGCGUUGCGGAACUGGGAAGUAUGAUAAAUUGGUUGCGAGACGAAGGCUACAACGUUGACAUAGAGGAAGUUAAGAAGGUUCAUCCGGAUAUAAUGUCUGUGGAGACAUGGUUGAAAACGAGUGCCUUCGCUCAGCGCUCCUAA